AUCCUGCGACGCUUACUCUAAACUUUUGCUGUGUAAUCUGACUGAACGAGCGGUGGUGAAUUGACAGUCGACAAAAACUGAACAUUUGUAGUUAAAUACACAAUACAUAAUGGAGUACUUGAUCGGGAUUCAGGGAACAGAUUUUGUCUUGGUUGCUGCAGAUAAUGUUGCAGCCAGCAGCAUCAUUCAGAUGAAACACGAUUACGACAAAAUGUUCAAACUGAGUGAGAAGAUCCUGUUGCUAUGCGUUGGAGAGGCGGGAGACACUGUGCAGUUUGCCGAGUACAUCCAGAAGAACGUUCAGCUCUACAAAAUGAGAAACGGUUAUGAGCUCAGUCCAUCAGCAGCAGCCAACUUCACACGGAAGAAUCUGGCAGACUACCUUCGUAGCAGGACCCCCUACCAUGUGAACCUGUUGCUAGCAGGGUAUGAUGAGUCAGACGGCCCGGGCCUGUUCUACAUGGACCACCUGUCUGCCCUAGCCAAGGCUCCCUUCGCUGCCCAUGGCUACGGCGCCUUCCUCACCCUGUCCAUCCUGGACCGCUACUACCGACCCGAGCUGACUCGUGAAGAAGCUGUGGACCUGCUGAAGAAGUGCGUUGAGGAGCUGAACAAGCGCUUCAUCCUGAACCUCCCCUCCUUCAGCGUGCGUUUGAUUGACAAGGAGGGCAUCCAUGACCUGGAGAAGAUCACCGUGGGACACAAGUGACCGCACGCCGCUCUCCCUCAACACCCCGCCUUUUUUUUGUACCGUAGACUCCCCUUCUUUAUGUUCCAAUAAAACGUGACACACUGUUGACAUA